UUCCACAUUCUCACCCUUCUAUCUAAACUACUUCUCUUCUUUGUCUUUGUUUGUUAGAACUUAGAAGAGAAAAUGGCCACCACACCAGCACUCUCUGGAACCAUGGUGAGCACCUCGUUCUUGAGGAGGCAGCCAGUGGCCACCACCACAAGCCUCAAGGCAUUUCCAAACGUGGGUCAGGCUCUGUUUGGCGUGAAAGGCGGCCGUGGCGGCCGUGUGACCGCCAUGGCAUCUUACAAGGUGAAGCUGAUCACUCCUGAAGGUCCUCAAGAAUUUGACUGCCCUGAUGAUGUUUACAUUCUUGACCAGGCUGAAGAAGUUGGUGUUGAGCUUCCAUACUCGUGCAGGGCCGGUUCUUGCUCUUCUUGCGCCGGAAAAGUUGUCAACGGGAAGGUUGACCAAUCUGAUGGUAGCUUCCUUGAUGAUGAUCAAAUUGAUGGUGGCUUUGUUCUCACCUGUGUUGCUUACCCUCAGUCUGAUGUUGUCAUUGAGACUCACAAGGAGGAAGAACUCACUGGCUAAGAACACAAAAAUGAAUAUUGCUAUUGCUUUUGAUGGGGUUGUUUUGUUCUGUUCUUCUAUCUCUUGUGUUGUUAUAGAAUGAAUGGGUGACUUUCUUAUUUUACAUUACUAAAUUUAAGUGAAAGCUGUUGUAGUUGUUUCUGCACAUGCUUGUAUGAGGCAGGUUCAGGGAAUCUUUGUUUCUUUGGUUU